AUGUAUGACUGGUAUUGGAAAUAUCAUUGGAGAGCACUAUACCUGGAGGCCGAAAAACGCAGAAGAUUGGCCGAGGAGGAACGAGACCUAGAGCGAGAACAAACGCGUCCUACCAGCUUCGGAGAGCUUAUUCGAUACUGCCACGAUUAUUUGUCACAGCGACUGAGAACCGAAGCACCAUCUCGAUCGACCACUGGGAAGAUACCGCCACCGAUCGGAAAGUGCUGCCCGUUGCGACUUCGGCCGUGGACAGACUGCAGCGCCAAUCAAGGGCGUAUUUAUCGUUCUGUGUGCGACUACCUCCAACCGUCGGACCAAAAUGCGGAGCUUUUGUUCCAGCCGCGUCUCUUUUUGAAGGCCCUCGGAGACGAAUUCAGCGAAAGACCCAUAAGCAGUGAACAGGACCUAGAGAGUUACGAAAGAUUUUGCGUUGAAAACCACGUUCGCGAUAUUAUUGCAAAGCUGUGCACCAUAGAUGCUGCUCGAGACGAAUUCAGGUUGGGCAAAGGUGUCCAGUUUGACAACCAUGCCAACGCUCUUGACACAGACGAAGAGGACAAACAUGGGAAAGAUAAGUCGACCGGUUCUCGGCGUUCCAGACCCGACCAAUUCUGCAUCCAUCGCGUGGAUGGCGAACAAAAAGCCCUAUUGAUGACGGUCGAAUAUAAACCACCUCACAAGCUGUCCGUGGAGAAUCUUCGCGCAGGACUCCGACCGAUGGAUUUCUGGCGUGAGGUGGUCAGGCCGGAUUCUGUUCCCACGGAGGGGCCUGAGAAACUAAGAUACAACGCCGCCUGGUUGACAGGCUCGGCAGUGGUACAAGAAUACCAUGUCAUGAUCCAGGAAGGUCUCGAGUACUCGUAUCUGACGAACGGCCUCGCCUUGGUCCUGCUGAAAGUCGACUAUGACGAUCCAAGCACGCUGUACUACCACCUCUGCGAACCAAAUAUGGAAGUCAAUCAUUGGAAGGAUGAGAAUCCGCUACAGCAGCCGGUGACAUCUGUUGCGCGGGUUCUUUGUCUGUGCUUGAUGAGUUUUCAAUCGCGAUAUCGAGAUCAGGAGUGGAGGAAUGCGGCGCGGGCGCAUCUGCCGGAAUGGAAGACAAGCUUCGACCAUACACGUUCACAGAUCCCCUCAUCAGAAUUGCAGCACAAUCCACCCGGAUCGGAGUAUACAGCCUCAGAGUACGCCGGCUCCGAACUUACAGCGUCCGAAUAUAUUCCGUCAUCGUCGCCGGUGCAGUCGCCCCUCGAACGUCAGAUUGCCACUCGGUCGCGACGUAGCUGUGCACCCUCGAAUCCCAAGCCCUGUUCAGAAGACACCGGCCUUUCGUCCGACUCAGAGGCAGACGACGCCACGGAAGGACGGAAACGUCGGUAUAGCCAGAUACUAUCGUCUCCAGCAUCCCCUUCAGUACAACAACCGGCUCGCCACGCAGGCUCUCGCCACGGGCCGGGUGGUCGAAGCCAGAAGAACACUGGAUCGUUCUGCACUCAGCGUUGCUUGCUGGGUCUGCAACAGGGCGGCGAACUGGAUAUGCAAUGUCCCAAUGUCGGGCUUCACCGUAAGGGAGGGAACAGCCAAUAUCACCUGAUCAGGGCAAAGACCAUGGUGAAGCAGGUCAAGCAGCAGCUGGACAAAAAUAUCGACCACGGCUGUACACCAAUUGGACAUUGUGGUGCAUCAGGAGUGCCGUUCAAGGUCACUUGCGCUACAUAUGGAUAUACGGUGGUCGGGAAAGGAACCACACGAUCACUCUGGCAUCAGGUAUCCCGCGAGGCCGAAAUCUAUGGUGUACUGUCGCGAGUGCAGGGAUUAGCUGUACCGGUGUUCCUGGGCAAGCUUGACUUGCAAAAGUUCUACUAUGUCCACGGUGCUGGAGAAAUUCGCCAUAUGCUGCUGAUGGCUUGGGGUGGCGAGCCGGUUGGUCUGAGAAUGCAAGAGAAGGCGGUUGUUCGUGAGAUUUCGAGGUCCACUAGGGCAAUCCGUCUGUCCGGGAUCCUGCAUAAUGACCUUCGGCCGGACAAUAUUUUGUGGAAUGCGGAGUUGGGUAGAGCCCUGAUAAUCGACUUUCAUUGUUCCAAACUGGAUCUGCGGCCCAUUCGAAAACGCCAACUAUCCUCCUGCUGUGGAACUGAGGGAGGCGGGCGAAAGCGGCUUCGUGUGAUUUGCAGUUGA